AAUUUCGCUAUUUUUGCUUGAUUAUGCUUUCUAAAAUUUUGUGAUUUGAUUUUUGCGAUUUGAUUUAUGUUGUUUUCGGAUUUGAUUUCAUGAAAUUCAAUGUAAAUUGUUUAUAAACUUGAAUAAAAACAAGUCAAAUUGAGCGAUUUGAGUAUAAAUUUGGCAAAUAUAAAACCUAGAUUGAUCAAGAACAAAUCAAAGAAAAAUAUCCUUCAAAUUCACGCUCGAUUCUCCGACCUCAAUUGCCCGAAAUAAUUUCCGAUGAAGUCUUCAUCGCAAUGCUUGAAGGUGAGAGCACUGCAUUACUUGCAUUCCAACCGAAUUAUUCACAGGGACAUGAAGCCGCAAAAUAUUCUUUUUGUAUGAUAUUUACUUUUGGCUCUUUGGCUAUCCAUAAUUUCCACCCUCAUUUUCUUUUGCUUUGUGAUUUUGGAUUUGCUCGUGUCAUGUCAAUGAACACUGUUGUACUUCGCUCCAUCAAAGGUACUCCAUUGUACAUGGCUCCUGAGCUUGUUCGCGAACAGCCAUAUUAUCACACAGCUGACUUGUUGUCAAAAUUGAUAUAAUUACCUUAUAUUUAUAUAUAGUGGCCUUCGUUAUUUUUAUAUAUAGUGGCUUUUGUAUAA